AUGGAAAAUGAGGAAAUUAGCGUGAGGAGUGGGUUGAGUAGGAGUGCUGGUGGUGUUAGCAGGCCAUCCACUUCCAAGGCCCCGCUUUCUCCCGCUGUCCCAGCCACGGCCGCAGAAUCCACAGGGGACACUCGGACAUUCACGGAAAUGGGCGUACACCCAUCGUUAGUCAAGGCGCUGCACACGCUCAACAUCCACACUCCCACUCCCAUCCAACACGCCUGCUUGAAUGAAAUCAUGUCCGGGCGCGACUGCAUUGCGAGCGCAAAGACCGGCUCAGGCAAGACCAUUGCCUUUGGUUUGCCUAUACUGCAGCACCUCACGCUUGACCCGUACGGCAUUUGUGCUGUAGUCCUCACGCCUACACGCGAGCUAGCGUUCCAGAUAGCUGACCAGUUCCACGCACUUGGCGCACACAUGAAUCUCAAAGCGCCUGUUGUCGUUGGUGGGUUGGAUUUGCUCGACCAAGCGACGCAGCUCCAGCGCAGACCACACAUGGUCAUCGCAACACCCGGCCGCUUCGCUGAGCUGCUUAAAUCCAAAGGCGAGGAGUGGUCGCUGAGCAAGACGCGCUAUCUCGUUCUCGACGAGGCUGAUAGACUCCUAAGUAGCACUUUUGCACCAGAGCUGGCUGAGAUAUUCUCCCACCUCCCUUCCCAGCGCCAAACACUUCUCUUUACAGCCACAGCAACGGCCGAGAUCGAGGCUCUUGCGCGGAAACCACCCAGCAAGGGAAAACAGAAACCCUUCGUGCACCUCACACACGACUCCACGUCCACUCCCAAAUCACUCGUGCAGAAAUACGUGCACCUGCCGUCGCAUAUCCGCGACGUGUACCUGGCGCACCUCCUCACCAAUCCGCCGGAGGAGCUGGAACAUUUGCGUCACACUCCACCGGAUCUCGCUGCGCCAGUGAGCGAGAAUGCAUUCGACGAGCAGAACCAGCGCCGGCGGAAGCGCAAAGUGAAGGAGGUGAGUGCAGAGGAAAUGGAAGUACAAGCGAUGCAGCCGCCACCGACGAUAGUAUUUUGUGGGAGAUGCGCCACAGCCGCCCAACUCACAUUGCUACUGCAAAACAUGCGCAUUCGCUGCGUGCCCUUGCACAGCUACCUCAGUCAAUCAGAACGCUUGCACAGCCUGUCUCUCUUUCGCAGCGCUAUCAUACCCGUACUCGUAGCGACGGAUGUGGGCAGUCGUGGAUUGGAUAUUCCCGAGGUGGCGCUCGUCGUUAAUUACGACCUCCCGCGUAACCCAACCGACUACAUUCAUCGCGUUGGUAGGACUGCUAGAGCGGGAAGGGAAGGUUGGAGUGUUAGCUUCGUUGCUGAAAGAGACGUCGAGCUCGUUGGUGCGAUUGAAGGCGUCACUGGUGUCACUAUGGACGAGCAUCCCAUGCCAGAGAACAGCGUACUCGAAAAUAUCAAUAGCGUCUUCACGGCUAGACGUCUCGCUAGUGUCGCCAUGCAUGAUGGUCGAUUUGGCGAGAAACAGAAAAUCAACAAGGAGAAGAACAAGAAGAGGAGGAAGUAUGAGAGGGAGUGGGAGGAGCGCACAGAGUCCGACGUGCAAGGAGGCGGAUUGAGUGGGAGAAGAGGCCUUCCAAACAGCGCAGAUCGGGCAGACAAGACAAACAAGACGCGCAAGACACAGCCGUCGAAACAGUGCCUGAAGUGA